UUCCAAUAAAUCUAAAAAGUAUGUAGAUUACAUAAUUUCUCGGUUUUAAAACAAAAUAGGGUAUCAUUUUCACUUAAAAAUAUUAAAGCAUGUUGUCUUAGUUAUCGUACAUGAAGUAGAGUAUGAUAACUGAGACUAUUUGGUAUUUUGCUCAACCCCUUCACUAACGGUUCAUUUCUCCAAAGAUUUUCGAGGAAUCACUUUAUCAGAUCAGUCAGUUUAUCUCACGAAUCAAAUUUUCAGAAAUGGCGAAGGGUUUGAUAUGGGCAACGGCAGAGGACUUAGCGAGAAACCGAGGGAAAGUUAUUUCGUUGUACAGACAAAUACUUCGGAGCCUUAACUCUCCGAAACUGGAGCUCAGUUUAGCAGCGAGGCUGGCGAAGAAAGCAGAGGCACGUGCCAUAUUCAUGCUGGGUUCUGAAGAGCGUUCCCUUCACAACAUUGAAGAUCUCAUCGAUGCUGCUGAAUACUCCCUUUCUCUUUUGAAACAAGGCAAGAUCCCCAAACUCAUUCAAUAAAACUUCAAAUAUAUUGCUACCGUUUCCUUUCUUUUGUUGUCAUUACCGUGGACGAAACUUGAAAAUUUCGGACAAUUGUAGUAAUGCUUGUAAUAUCAACGUUGAACCCAAACUGUUAUUUGCAGUGCUUUUAAUUUGUUGUUAUUUAUUGGGCAAAUCGAUUCUUAAUUUAUUUGAUUUAAAUAUAUGUGAACCAUACAACUUCCUUUUUUAUUUACCGCAUAACAUAUAUAAUUAUCAAUUUGUAUAUUAAUUUACUUUAUUCAGUUAUUCUUCUUACUCAUUUAUAAGACUCACUAAUCUUUCAUUAUAAAACACGAAGAGAAACAAAACAAGGGAAGAGAAUUCUACUCUAUUAUUAAUUAUGUCCUGAUUAGGAUUACGUCCCUUGUAGAUACCUGCGAAAAACAAAGAAUUAUUCGUUUUUUCGAGACAAGCCUUUCGUACUCGAAAGGGGAAAAACCAAAUGCUUCUAAAUCAAGGACUAUGAUUUUUUUGAAUUGCUUAGAGUAAGAAGAAUGAAAUGGUAAUUAUAGACCUCCUUCAGGCUUCACUACCAUAAAUAAUAUGCCUUUUUCAAACAAGUUUUAAGUUUAUGGUAGGAAGUUGCUCAAGCGUAUGGCUAUUACAGUUGUGGUGAUAAUUGUAAGCUUUUGCUAAAUUUGUCUCUAAUUUCUAAUAAAUAAAGGUCAGAAGGAUAAGGGCAUACAUGAAAUGGCUAAGGACAUUGACUGAAGAGUAAAAGUUUUUAUUUUGUUAUUAAAUUUUGGUUGUUUUUAGCAAGUGAACUAUGAAGAGAAUAAUGGUGGUUGCAAGUAUAAAUUCCCCUAUCAUUUCCAGAGAGCAGCAAGCAAGAGCCCCCCAAGGAAACGCAAAUUGCACAAGACUGGAAAUGGAAUUUAUGUUGUCUCUGCUCUUCAACAGCUUGAUAAUGGCUUUUUGCCCUCAAAAUUUUCCUACCAUUGG